AUGCUCUUCAAGGUUACUGCAAUCAUCGUUGCGCUAAACGCUGUACCCACUGCAUCAUAUAAAAACUCUGUUUCCUCUGCAUCAUGUAAUAACACUACACCCACUGAAUCCUCUGCAUCACGUAAAAACAUUGUAUCCACUGCAUCAUAUAAAAACACUGUAUCCUCUGCAUCAUAUAAAAACACUGUAUCCUCUGCAUCAUAUAAAAAAGCUACAUCCGCCGUAUCCACUGCAUCACAUAAAAACACUGUAUCCACUGAAUCAUCUGCAUCACGUAAAAACACUGUAUCCUCUGCGUCACACAGAAACAUCAUAUCCGCUGUAUCCUCUGCAUCAUACAACAACAGUACAUCCGCCGUAUCCUCUGCAUCAUAUAGUAAUACCGUAUUCACUGAACCCUCUGUAUCGCGAAGAAACACUGUAUCCACUGCAUCCUCUGUAUCCUCUGUAUCCACUGUAUCCACUGCAUCCUCUGUAUCCUCUGUAUCCACUGUAUCCACUGCAUCCUCUGCAUCCUCUGUAUCCACUGUAUCCACUGCAUCCUCUGCAUCCUCUGUAUCAACUGUAUCCACUGCAUCCUCUGCAUCCACUGCAUCCUCUGUAUCCACUGCAUCCUCUGUAUCCUCUACAUUAUGUAGAAACACUGCAUCCUCUGUAUCCACUGUACCCACUGCAUCCUCUAUAUCCUCUGUAUCCUCUACAUUAGGUAGAAACACUACAACCUCUAGAUCCACUGCAUCCUCUGUAUCCUCUGUUUCCUCUACAUCCGUUGAACCCACUGUGUCCACUGUAUCCUCUUUAUCCACAGUUCCUAAAACUCUCGCAUUUACUGACACUUAG